GAUUUGGAUUUGUAUUGAGUUUGAAUUUGACAGCACGAAGACACAAUGAUGCAAAUAGUUAAAAUAAAUUACCUUUUUGCUUUCGGGGUGUUUAUUAAAGGUGUGACAGGUGUGAUCAUCACUCAGCAGACUGUGGUGGCAGCAGUGGGGGGAGAUGCUCAACUCAGCUGUCAGCUCUUGGACAAGAAAGAUGUCGUUCAAGUCACAUGGCAGAAAGUUUUACCCAAUGAGAAAAAGAAUGUUGCUUUCUAUAAGAAAAAAAAUGAUCCAGUAAUAAACACUGACUUCAGUGAAAAAAUCAAGUUUAACGAGACUGAACUGCCGACCACUUCCAUCAUCAUCAUGAAAUUAACAGAGCAGGAUGAAGGAUGUUAUCGCUGUGUCUUCAAAACCUACUCAGAGGAUGUUCUGAUAAACAGAACUUGUCUCCAGAUCUAUGAGCUGCAUGAACCCGUCCUUCAUGUGGAAGAAUCAGAGUCUCCUGAAGAGACACGUGUGUCCUGUUCAGCCACGGGUCGACCUGCUCCGACUGUAACGCUGACCGCUUCACAACAUCCUCUCUACUCACACAACACCGUCAGUGUCAACAACACCAACGGUACAGUUACCGUCACAACUACAGCCCUGCUGUCAGGUUUCCAUGGCAACAGCACACAGGUUGGAUGUGCAGCGGGAGCACCGUCUGGUCCUCAGAAAGAUGUGUUCAUGAUGAUUCCUGAGAAGAAACAGAGAUCUGUUGACGGUUUGGAUAAAGAAUCUGGAUCCAAUCAGAGAUCAAGAUGGACUUUGAUCAUCAUAAUACCCCUGAUGGUCGGUUCGGUUGCUUUACUUAUCGUCAUCAUCAUCAUCAUCAUCCGGGUCAGAAGCAAAACUCAAAACAGGGACAGUGAGGUGAUCCUGAUCUCUCCAACUCCAUACAAGGACCAUCAGAAGACUGAAGAACCUCUGAAGACACCAGAGAGUGAAAAACCUCUAAAGACAUUAGAGAGUGAAGAACCUCUAAAGACAUCAGAGAGUAGUGAAGUAAGACUACGAAUGAGUGCAGUGAAAAACAGACCAAGUGAGAGACGAGAAGCAUCAACAUCAACAGCAAGAAGACUUGAGUUCAAAACACCCUGACUUUUUAAUUUUAAAAAAGUUAUUCACUACACUGUACUUACAAUCAAACAAAAACAAAUACAAAGAAUUGGUGCUAUUUAAUUUAAUCAGUAAUGCUUUUUUACUUUCCAAACAUUUUUAAGUUGAAGAUUAAUCCAAGGAACAAUUGAUAAAAAGCCUUAGCCCUGGGAACUUCCGACCAGAUCAACUUAUCCCUAAACUUAUGAUAUGUGCCACAGGUUUUAAAGUUGCAGUAAUUAAACCUUUACUUUAAAAAAAAAAAACCCUCUCAGACGUUUUAGCUAAUUAUAGAUCAAUUUCCAAUCCUCCAUUUGAAUCUAAAAUUCUGGAAAAAGUAGUUGUAAGUUGGUUAUGUCACCAUUUAUAAAGAAAUGAUCUAUUUGAAGUUUCUCAGAUAAGGGAUUAGUGUCUAUACUGGUUCUACUGGACCUCAGUGCAGCUUUACUGUAGAUCAGCAUACAGUUCAAGUUAAUUCACCUGUGUAACGAAAUCUCUACCGUCAGGCAGAUUGUACCAUUUAGAGAGAUAUUAUGGGGGGAACUGACGUCAUAUUCCAUUAAUAUAUACUUUUAUAAAGUAAUAAUUAGCUGUUCUUGAUCAUAUUACAGUUGUGUGGAGUUUAAUGACGUACAUAUGUUUUUCUAUAUGUAUUUGUACAUGUAUUGUUGGUGAGUAAAGUGUUUUCAUUCUUAUGUUACCUACAUUUAAAUGUAGGUGACCAAUGAAAGCAUGUGUGCUAAAGAUCACCCGGGAAUUGGUGAUAUUACCGUCUGUGACAGUAUGGUUGGACACGAUGGUUCAAAAAGAUGU